UCUGUAGUGUGAGGUCGAACUAUAUGUAUACCAAAAAUGGUUACCGAAAAUAAUUGCAAAGGAAAGUUUGGGACGAUCUCCGAACGCCUCGGCAACAAAUGCUACGGGUUCGGCGUGCGGCACCUGCAGAGCGUGUGCAUGUGCCUGUGCAUGAUCUCGUUGUUCAUAGCGCGCGGCAGCAUGGCCGUCGCCGUGCUCGCCAUGACCGAUCACUCGCGCAUCAACAGCACCGACAUCACGAUAUACGAAUGGGACAAGAACAUACAGGGGCUGAUCCUGUCGUCAUUCUUCUGGGGCUACACGCUGAUGCAGAUCCCGGCAGGGCUGUUGGCAAAGCGCUACGGGGGCAAGCCCGUGUUGCUGGUGGCGCUGCUCGCCAACGGCGUCAUUUGCGGCCUGCUGCCCGUGCUCUCCUAUGUCGGCGGGUGGCCGGUGGUAUGCGCGUGCCGUGUGUUGAUGGGCCUUACGCAGGCGUGCCUGUUCCCCGCUUCUCACACGCUGCUCGGCCGCUGGCUGCCCGCGCAGGAGCGCACCACGCUAACCGGCAUUAUCUACGGCGGCACACAACUGGGAACAAUCAUAGCGAUGCCGCUCUCGGGUCUGCUCGCGGAGACAGCUAUCGGGUGGAAGCUGAUAUUUUACUCGAUAUCAGGGCUCAUGUUCACGUCGGCCGUCGUGUGGUACUUCUUCUCGGCAAGUACGCCUGGCGAGCACCGCUUCAUGACGGAGCUGGAGCGUCAAUACAUCGAACGGGGGCUGAACACUUGCGGGGGAAAGGUUCUGCGCACGCCGUGGCGUCACAUCCUGCGCUCGCGCGGCCUCUGGGCGAUCGCCAUCACACAUAUCGGCUUCUCCUGCAGCUACGUGCUGUUCUUCGUCGACAUGCCCACUUACUUGGAGAAAGGAUUACACAUAUCUCUAAAGAAUAGCGCGUCGCUAUCGGCACUGCCGUACGCGGGCAUGUGGCUAGGUAACAUCGUGUCCGCCUCUGUAUCGGAGAAGAUAUUCAACCGCGGCCUGCUCUCCGUCGGCACCUGCAGGAAGCUCUUCAAUUCUGUCGCCUGCUUCGGCAUGGCCGUGGGUCUCGCGGGACUGUCCUUCAUCGGCAAGGAGCACGAGAACAUGGCUAUCGCAGUGCUGGUUGCCACUCUCACGCUCUACGGUUUCUCCUCUGCUGGGUUCAUGAUGAGCCACCUGGACAUGUCGCCGAACUUCGCGGGCGUGAUGCUCUCUCUGACCAACUUUAUCGCAAACUUUGGCAGCGUGGGGACUCCGCUACUUACCAGCUUUAUUUUAAAUAACGAUCCCAUGGAUUUAAGCCGAUGGCGCAUAUGUUUCCUAAUAAUAUCAUCUUUGCUAAUCGUCACCAACAUUAUGUACAUGAUAUUCGCGUCGGCAAAGUGCCAGCCGUGGGACGACCCCGACUUUGAAGAUAAGAAGUCUGCUGACCCAGAGGAGGUAACGCCAGCUUUAACAAGCUCUGCCAUACUAAAAGCAGAAGAGGCAAAGAACCACUAACGACACUGCUUUACCAAAAGCGUGCAAAAGACAUUGGAAACUCACAAAGGAACGACGGACCUACUACAGAAAGAUACUUCAAUAGCAAAUACAGCGGAAAAGAUGAACCACGAUCUCGCACUACAAGAAUUUGUAUAUCAUAUAAUAUGUAUGUGACCUACCUACCUAGGGAAUCAUAUGAUUAUAUCAAAUGAUUUGAACUUAAUAUAAGGUAUACUAGGCUUGUAUUUUU